CUUUACAGGCCAUCCAUCUAAACCCAAUCAACCAAAAUUUCAAGUCUUUUUGAGUACCCAUUAUGUAAAGGUAUACACACCCUUAAAUUAUAGGGUUACCCUUAAAUUUCUUACCUUUCAAACUUUUCCUUUUCCUUUUUUGACCCCAUUGUAGGGCAAUUGAAAUCAUCAUUUCCUCUUAUCUAGGGUUUUUAUUAAUCAUGAAAUGAUGUAUAUGGUCCUCUUUCCUUUGUGUUUCAACCAUUUUUUUUGAGCCCACAUUUUAUUAUUUGUUCCUUUCUUCACAUUUUUUUCACUUGUUCUAAUAUCAUAUCAUCAUAAUCAUCCGGUCCCUGAUGAUGUUGUGAAUCGUACCGCGCUCUCUACGACAUCCACACCCUCAUGAGAUCAAAGCAAGACAUACCCAUAUAGGAUUUUGUCCUUGAGGUACUCUUCAAAAAGUAAGAAAGUGAAGAAGAGGGUAACACAAAAAAAAAUUCUAUGAUGAUGAAGAAGAGGCAAGUGGUGGUUAAAAGAGAUCAAGGAUCGCGAAGAAACAACAAUAAUUCUUCAACUAUUCGAUAUUGUGAGUGUCAAAAGAAUCAUGCGGCAAGUAUAGGAGGUUACGCGGUAGAUGGGUGCAGAGAGUUCAUGGCUAGUGGUGCAGAAGGAACGAGCAACGCGCUUAUAUGUGCCGCUUGUGGAUGCCACAGAAAUUUCCAUAGGAAGGAGGUGGAUGCUGAGGUAGUGUGUGAGAGUUCUUCACCUACUUAAUUGAUCUUAUUUGAUUAAUUACACACUAUUAGUCCAUUUGAGGUGUAUAAAUUCAUAGGGAAAAAAAUAUAUAUUAUAGAGGAAGUUGAUUGAUACUUUCUCUUUGAGAUCUGUGCAUGAUUAAUGAUUGAAAAAUAAGAUUUUAAAUUGUUAAUUUGAUAGAUUGUUUUGCAAUUUAUAUACUAGUUUGAUAAGAUAUUGAGAUGGUUUUUUCCUAAUUAAUACAAUUGGUAUUGGAAGCAAAGUUGUAUGAGUCUGUUGUAAAUUAAUCUCUUAGAUUUGUAAUAUGAUUCAUCCUCUCCUUUUUGAUUUUUUUUUUAA